AUGGCGUGCGAUUAUAUAAGACGAGCUGUUUCUUAUACUUUUGCUCGUGUUGGAUAUCACAUCGGAUGUCAUCCGCUGGCGUACACCAUAAUACCCUUUCUGAUAUCUUUAAUACUUUCGACUGGAUUUAAAGAAUUGGAAUUAGUCAAAAGCAUAGAAUAUCUCUUUACCCCAAUCCACGCCAGAUCUAGAACGGAGAGAAAUGUUGUCGAAUCGCUGUUUCCAUCAGAUUUUUCAAAAGAUUACGACUUUUUAAGAACUUCUAGAUUCGGAAGAUAUGCAGCUGUUAUUGCCACUGCCAAAUACAACGAUUCUAUGCUGGANAAAUGCAGAAGUUUUAAAGUGGCCAUGGCGUGCGAUUAUAUAAGACGAGCUGUUUCUUAUACUUUUGCUCGUGUUGGAUAUCACAUCGGAUGUCAUCCGCUGGCGUACACCAUAAUACCCUUUCUGAUAUCUUUAAUACUUUCGACUGGAUUUAAAGAAUUGGAAUUAGUCAAAAGCAUAGAAUAUCUCUUUACCCCAAUCCACGCCAGAUCUAGAACGGAGAGAAAUGUUGUCGAAUCGCUGUUUCCAUCAGAUUUUUCAAAAGAUUACGACUUUUUAAGAACUUCUAGAUUCGGAAGAUAUGCAGCUGUUAUUGCCACUGCCAAAUACAACGAUUCUAUGCUGGACGAAUCGACAAUGCAUGAUUUAUUUAAAAUGGAUAAGACAAUUCGAAAUAUUAGUUUUAUCUGGAGGAACACAACAAUCAGUUAUGAAAGAAUUUGCGCCAAGACAAUGCACGACGAAUGCCUUAGAAACUAUGCUUUAUCUUUAAGGGGAAAAGUGAAAAGCAUUAAAUUAGGAAAAUACAAAAUCAAGUAUCCAUUGGAGAAGACUGAAGGAGAGCCCAUACCACCUCUGAUAAACUUAGGAGGAGUGUUUAUAGAUAAAAAUAAUUUAGUGAGAGACUUCAAAGCAGUAAGACUCAUAUAUCAACUGGAUUCUGGUACAGAAGAGAAGAAUCAAAUUUCGUCCAGAUGGGAAAAUGAAGUUUUAGCCAAGUUAUCGAAUUUGAAAUUUAAAUAUAUCAAAUUUUCUUAUGUUGUCGGAGACACAUUUGACAACGAAGUAAACACAAUCAGUCAGAAGUUUUGGUAUCUGACCUUAAUACUCGGUGCUCUUAUGGUAUGUUUUUCGGCACUGUCUUCGUGUUCUAGAGGUGUCGCUAGCAAACCUUUACUGGGUAUCGCAGCUUGUCUUUCGGCAUUUAUAUCUACAGCUUCUGCCUUUGGAUUAUUAUUGUAUUGUGGAAUGGAGUACUUCGAUAUAAAUAUGGCUAUUCCGUUUCUUAUGUUAGGUAUCGGCAUCGACGACUCUUUUGUACUUUUAUCUGCUUGGAGACGUACAGACAGCAACGACGAAGUGAAGAAAAGAAUGAGCGAUUCUUACUCCGAGGCUGCAGUUUCUGUUUCUGUCACUUCUAUAACCAAUAUUCUUGCCUUUUGUACAUGCCUUAUCACUCCUUAUAGAGUUGUACGGAUAUUUGGUACAUAUUGUGCAGUGUCGUUAGUCUUCGAUUACAUCUAUCAAAUAUUUUUCUUCGGUGGGAUUAUGGCUCUGGAAGGUUACAGAGAAAAACGAAAUCUUCAUCCGUUAUUUCUAUUUCCACUUAAACCAAUUAUUUCAGGUAAGAAAAUAAAUUCCCAAGAAUUAUACAUCAUGGUAUUCUUGCGAGAUGUUGCAGGGAAAUAUUUACAAAAACUCUACAUUAAGAUAUUAUUAGCUGUAAUAUAUACUUGCUAUUUAGCGGGGGGAAUUUAUUGCUUGAAAUACAUUAAACAUGGACUAGAUUACAAGAAAGUAUUUCCGUACACCUCAUACGCUGUUCCUUUCAUACUUGAUCAUUAUGAAUAUUUCACACUUCACCCGCACAGAAUACAAAUUGUUAUUAACCAGACUUUAGAUUAUUCCGAUGUACAAACUCAAAAAGAUGUCGAAAGCCUUGUAAAUACUUUCGAAACUGCUCCGUUUAUCAGUGGCUAUCUUACAACAGAAUGCUGGCUGAGAGAAUAUCUAUCUUUUAGCGAAAGUGCACUUUCUAAAUUGGUCUUCAAAGGAUAUAACUUGAACAAUUCCUAUGAGUUUUUGGAUGGAUUGAAAAAUGUAUUUUUAAAUGUUAAAAGUUUCCGCAGAUUUCGUAACGACGUCGUUUUUAACACUGAAGGGGAUCGAAUUUUAGCGUCCAGAUGUUAUAUUCUUAGUUAUAAUAUAAAAAACUCCAGUGCAGAAACGACAAUGAUGGAAACAGUUCGUAAAAUAGCGGAUAAUAGUAAAUUUAAAGUAUUCGUACAUCAUCCAUGGUUCGUUUAUUAUGACCAAUACUUAAAUGUGACAACAACUUGCAUUCAGACUGUAUGCCUUUCCGCAUUACUAGUAUCCUUGGUACUUUUCUUAUUUAUACCAAAUUUCACAUGUACUAUAUGUGUCAUGCUAACUGUAGUCUCCAUAGAGGUGUGUAUAGUUGGAUACAUGUCUCUUUGGGACGUUAAUGUUGACACUAUUUCCAUGAUAAUUCUAGUUAUGAGUGCGGGAUUUUGUGUAGAUUAUUCCGCUCACAUCACGUACGCUUACAUAAGUAGCGAAGAAAGCGAUCCUGCGGGUAAGAUGAGAUACUCAUUAUACGCUGCGGGUUAUCCAAUAAUUCAAGGAUGUGCUUCGACAAUUCUAGGGGUAUCGGUUCUGUAUUUCGGUAGUAGUUACUUGUUGUUUAUAUUUUUCAAAAUUUUGCUUCUAACAAUGACAUUUUCUGCAUUUCACGGCUUAAUUUUGUUGCCAGUAAUUCUUAGCACUGGAGAUUCUAUAGCGCUUUCUUGGAAAAAUAAAAGGAAUAGAAAAAACUUCCGUAUAAUAAAGCAUAAAGACAAUGAUUUGACAAAUAAUAAUGAUCAAAGGGACGUUGAAUUAUGUUUUAUUGAAAAAUAA